CCCGUGGAUCCUUCCAGAAGUCGCCGCAGACCCGUGCGGCUUUCUGCUCAGCCACACUCCACAUUUCCAUCAUUUAAACUCAUUGUUUUACCCGUUUAAUACCUACCGAGUGUCACAAUACCUCAGUCAACAUGUCCAGUUUGGGGACACUGGCUUUUGAUGAAUAUGGAAGGCCUUUCAUCAUCAUUAAAGACCAGGAUAAGAAGACACGGUUAUCUGGGAUUGACGCGCUGAAGUCUCAUAUUAUGGCAGCCAAGGCGGUUGCUUCAACGCUUAGAACCUCUUUGGGACCAAAUGGUCUCGACAAGAUGAUGGUCGACAGAGAUGGAGAGGUCACUGUCACCAACGACGGAGCCACCAUUCUCAGCAUGAUGGAUGUGGACCACCAGAUUGCUAAGCUUAUGGUGGAGCUGUCCAAGUCCCAGGAUGAUGAGAUUGGUGAUGGAACCACUGGAGUUGUUGUGCUGGCUGGGGCUCUGCUUGAGCAGGCCGAGCAGCUGCUGGACCGAGGAAUCCACCCCAUCAGGAUCUCUGACGGUUAUGACCAGGCCGCGGCGAUCGCCAUCGAGCAGCUGGACAAAAUGGCAGAAACCUUCCCCUUUGAUCCCAACAACACAGAGCCGCUCAUCCAGACAGCCAUGACGACACUGGGGUCCAAAGUUAUCAACCGGUGCCACAGACAGAUGGCAGAAAUUGCAGUGAAUGCCAUCCUCACGGUGGCGGACAUGGAGAGGAAGGAUGUGGACUUUGAGCUCAUCAAGAUGGAGGGAAAGGUGGGAGGAAAGCUGGAGGACACACAGCUCAUCAAGGGAGUCGUCGUUGACAAGGAGUUCAGCCACCCCCAGAUGCCCAAGGUUCUGAAAGAUGUUAAAAUCGCCAUCCUCACCUGCCCAUUUGAGCCACCUAAGCCCAAGACCAAGCAUAAGUUGGACGUGACCUCUGUGGAGGACUACAAAGCUCUCCAGAAAUAUGAGAAAGACAAGUUUGAAGAGAUGAUCCAACAGGUCAAAAGCAACGGUGCUAACUUGGCCAUCUGCCAGUGGGGCUUUGAUGAUGAAGCCAACCACCUUCUCCUGCAGAAUGAGCUGCCUGCUGUGCGCUGGGUGGGAGGGCCCGAGAUUGAGCUGAUAGCAAUCGCCACAGGAGGGCGCAUCGUGCCGAGGUUCUCUGAGCUGACGCCAGCGAAGCUGGGCACAGCUGGAGUGGUGAAGGAGAUCUCGUUCGGCACCACCAAGGAUCACAUGCUCGUUAUCCAGGAGUGCAAAAACACCAGGGCCGUAACCAUUUUCAUCCGUGGAGGAAACAAAAUGAUCAUCGAAGAGGCGAAGCGUGCACUCCAUGAUGCUCUGUGCGUAAUCCGCAAUUUGGUCAAAGACAACCGCGUUGUGUAUGGAGGUGGAGCAUCGGAGAUCGCGUGCGCCCUGGCUGUUAACUUGGCUGCAGAUAAGUGCCCAUCAUUGGAACAGUAUGCCAUGAGGUCGUUUGCUGAUGCUCUUGAGGUGAUCCCAAUGGCACUGGCUGAAAAUAGCGGGCUGAACCCUAUCCAGACCAUGACAGAGGUCAGAGCCAAGCAAGUCAAAGAGAACAACCCCUUCCUUGGCAUCGACUGUUGCCACAACAACACCAAUGACAUGAAGCAGCAACAUGUGAUCGAGACCCUGAUUGGCAAAAAGCAGCAGAUCUCAUUGGCUACACAGGUAGUGAAGAUGAUCCUUAAGAUUGACGACAUCAGAAGCCCAGGAGAGACCGAGGACUGAAGCCCUCCUGAGCACCAGAAGGCUCGGGUGUGCGCUCCAACGCUCAAGAAUGUCUGAGCGGUUUCUUUUUGUGUUUUUUUUGGCACUUCUCCGAGCACCACACCCAAAACCGCACUGCGCAUUGCUAUUUAUCAUUUGAUACAAAUGUCAAGACGUUGUCGUAUCAAGGUCUCAAUUAAAAUGUUGCUCUGUCUAAC